UAUUCCAGUCAAAACAAACCCUCUCCUUUCUUUUACAUUCCUUUCUUAUCCCUCCUCUCUGUUAAGAAUCUUCUUCCUCUUGAAAUCCUAUGCUAGCUUCGACUCCAUCUAUGGCGGAUAUUCUUACAGAGAAAGGCGGUGUUUGGGACACUGUCAUGGAGCUCACAAAGUCCGUUUCUGACCCCAACCUUUGGGCGAUUCGACUCGGUUCUAUACUCAAAUCGGCUGGGUUGUCUUUACCUUCUGUUGAGCUUUCUCAUCUAUUAGUCUCUUGUAUUCGUUUCAAUAAGAGUGACGCCCUAAUUUGGAAGUUCAUUGACAAAGCCGUGGCUUUCAAAUUUGUCCCUCCCAUGCUCGUCCUUGCUUUGCUUUCCGCCAGAAUCCUUCCAAAUCGACGUUUGCAUCCUGCCUCUUAUAGACUCUAUUUGGAAUUUUAUAAAACAUUUGGUUCUUCUUUUGCAUCUCAAUUGCAUGAAGGAAACCAUGACAAAAUCUUGAAAGCACUGGAUGAUGCUCUACAUAUUUCUGAUAUUUUUGGGUUCCAAGCUUCUGAUCCUGCUGUUCUUUUAGUGCUUUCUGUCUUUGCAAAUGUGUGGCAGUUGGUUGAUGCAACUUUGGAUGAUGAAGGACUGCUGGAAUUUACUCCAGAUAAGAAUUCUAGAUGGUUGAGUGCCAUACAUGAUAUUGAAGUUGAUGAUCAGGGCCACUUUCUCGAAAAUAGAUUAGAACACGGAGAGGGAGUUCUUAAAUCGAAUACCUUGAUGGCUAUUCAGAUGAUAGUAGGAUCUCUACAGAGUAGAGUAACAUCUCAGAUUUUUUUUCUGGUUCAUCAAAACAUGCCCUUGCUUUGGAAUGAUUUCUACCAACAUUUGCAACUGCUUGUAUCAAAAUCAUCAGCAUUAAGGUGUUCCAAAGAAACAACUCUAGAACUGUUCGCACAAUUGAUAUCUGCUGCAUGCAAACACCAGUGGCAAAGCAAAACUAGCCUACAGAAUCAAUUUCAUGCUGUAGUGUCCCCUGGAUGCUUUGUACCAUCUUCUGUUCAAUGUCAUGAUGCUAGUUAUUCUUCUAUGUGGCUCCCAAUUGACUUGUUUCUAGAAGAUGCUAUGGAGGGAAUAGUAGUGUCUCCGACAUGUGCCAUUGAUUCACUUACGGGCAUGGUGAAGUCACUUAAAGCACUUUACUGUACAACAUGGCAUGACACCUUCCUUGGCCUAUGGAUUGCAGCAUUACGCCUCAUUCAAAGGGAGAGAAAUCCUUGUGAAGGUCCUAUAGCUCGGCUUGACACUUGCAUGUGCAUGUUAUUAUCCAUCACUCCUCUUGUACUUCUCAACCUUAUUGAGGAAGAAAAUAUGGAGGCUGAAUUCAGUCAGAGGGAGGAUAAACUGGCUUCUACAAGCCGUCGCCAUGAGUUGGUUUCGAGUUUGCAGCAGUUAGGUGAAUAUGCAGGAUUACUAACUCCUCCAUCACCCUUUUCUUCAAUUGCAAAUCAGGCUGCUAUUAAAGCUAUAAUGUAUCUUUCUGGCCUUAAUAUCAACACCGGAUACUUUGAUGCUGUUAGCCUGGGUGAUGUACCAAUUAACUGUGCUGGAAAUUUGCGCCAUUUGAUUGUUGAAGCUUGCAUUGCUAGAAAUUUAUUGGACAUCUCAGCAUAUGCAUGGCCUGGUUAUGUAAAUGCACGUGUCAACCAAAUUCCUCGUGUGUCUGGACAAGCAACUGGUUGGUCAUCUUUAAUGAAAGGCUCUCCUCUUACUUCAGCAAUGGUGAAUGCUUUGGUUUCCAGUCCUGCUUCUAGCUUAGCAGAGGUAGAGAGAAUAUAUGAGAUUGCUACUUGCGGAUCAGAUGAUGAGAAGAUAUCUGCUGCUACAGUUCUUUGUGGAUCUUCACUUGUCCGUGGUUGGAAUGUUCAGGAGCACACAGUUCUAUUUAUUCUUAAGUUGCUGUCACCAUCCAUUCCUGCAGAAUAUUCUGGAAAUGAGAGUCAUUUGAUUAGUUAUGGACCUUUUUUGAACGUUCUCCUUGUUGGAAUAGCAACAAUUGACAUUGUACAGAUCUUUUCACUCCAUGGUUUGGUCCCACAUCUUGCAGGAGUAUUGAUGCCGAUCUGUGAAAUUUUUGGCUCUUGUCCACCGAUGAUCUCAUGGACCCUUACAACAGGAGAGGAAAUAAACGCUCAUGCAGUGUUCUCUAAUGCGUUUACUCUUCUUUUGAAGUUAUGGAGUUUUGAUCGUACACCUAUUGAGCAAACCUUGGGCGAUGUGCUAUCAGUGGCAUCCCAGCUAAAUCCAGAAUAUCUCCUUUUAGUGAGGAACAGCCAAUUAGCAUCACUUGCCUAUAGAGCAACUGAUCAGAGUAGAAGCCGGAGAUUUUCCAAGUUGGCGUCUGUACCCUUCACUGAACCUAUAUUUAUGGAUUCUUUUCCUAAAUUAAAAUUUUGGUAUAGACAGAACCAGGCUUGCAUUGCUUCCCCACUUUCUGGUCUUAUGCCAGGCACCCCUGUUCAUCAAAUUGUUGAGGCUCUUUUGAGUAUGCUUUUCAAAAAAAUGAAUAGAGGCACAACUUCUGGAAGUAGCAGUUCAUCUGGUGAAGAGGCAGUUCUACGGCUGCAGCUACCUGCAUGGGAUAUUCUAGAAGCUAUACCCUUUGUUCUAGAUGCAGCUUUAACAGCAUGUGAUUAUGAUAAGUUAUCUCCGCGUGAUCUGGCAACAGGGCUGAAGGAUCUUGCUGAUUUUCUCCCAGCGUCUCUGGCAAGCAUAUUAAGCUACUUCACAGCCGAAGUAACACGAGGCAUAUGGAAGCCAGCUUCUAUGAAUGGCACUGAUUGGCCAAGUCCUGCAGCUAAUUUAUCCUUGGUUGAACAACAAAUACAUAAACUUCUAGCUGCCACUGGCAUUGAUGUCCCCAGUUUGGCAACAGUGGGAAGCUCUGUUCCUGAACUCCCUCUACCAUUAGCUGCACUAUUGAGUCUGACCAUAACUUAUAAAAUUGAUAAGGCCAAUGAACGUCAUUUGACCUUGGUUGGUAAGGGAAUGGUUGUAUUAGCUGCUAGCUGUCCUUGGCCCUGCAUGCCUAUUGUAUCAGCUCUGUGGGCUCAAAAAGCCAAGCGCUGGAGUGACUUUCUAAUCUUUGAAGCCUCAUGUACCGUCUUUAACCUCAACAAUGAUGCUGUCGUGCAGCUCCUGAGGAGCUGCUUUUCCUCUGCCCUGGGGUUUAAUGCUUCCCCUAGAUGUAGGAAUGGAGGUGUGGGUGCUCUUCUUGGCCAUGGCUUGGGUUCUUCUCGUCACUCCAAUGGACUGCCCCCAGUUGCCCCUGGUAUGUUCUACCUACGCGUGUCUCCGUUCAUUAGAAACAUCACUUUAGUUACAGAAGUUCUUUCGGUUAUGAUGAUGUCGGUGAAAGGCAUUGCAAACGGUGCUUUAUCCAAUGACGCCUUAGAAAAGUUGAAGAAAGUAAAGUUAGGGAUGAGAUACAGACAGGCAUCUCUCACUUUCGCAAUGACACAGGUCAAACUUGCAGCUUCACUUGGUGCUUCCUUUGUCUCGAUAUCUGGUGGUUCAAAUCUGCUGCAAACAUUGUUCAAAGAGAUGUUGCCGUCGUGGUUGAUUUCAAAGCAGAGAUCAGACGACAUAGGAGAACCAGGGGGUGUCGUUGCAGUAUUAAGUGGUUAUGCACUUGCUUAUUUCGCAGUGCUUUGUGGACUCUUUUCCUGGGGAAUCGAUACAGCAUCAUGUGGCUCAAAAUGGAGACCCAAGGUCCUUGCUUCACACUUUGAAUUUAUGGCUACUGCUCUCGAAGGGAAAAUCUCCCUCGGAUGCGACUUGGCUACUUGGCGAGCUUAUGUUUCAGGCUUCUUGGGUUUGUUGGUUAGGUGUAUCCCUUCAUGGUUGCAGGAAAUCGACGUGCAUGUUCUAAAGAGCUUAAGCAAGGGUUUAAAGCAGUGUGAUGAAGAAGAAUUGGCCAUCGCUUUGCUGUGUGUUAGUGGCGUCAAUGCAAUGGGUGCUUCUGCCGAGCUGAUAAUUCAAAGCGCCCGAUAAGUUUUUUUACAUCUUUGUCUAUAACAUCUUUUCUGGAUUAGAAGCUACUUUGUAGUUAGACUUCAGUUUUGAUCAUUCUCCCUAGAUAGUGUAAAGUUGUAGAUUACAUUCGAAAAUUUAGGGAAACUACGUAUCUACGUUCGUUUGUUUCUAUUAUUGAAAUAAAAAAUAUCCUCAAUAAAUUCCGUAAAACUUC